UGUCAGAUACGAUGGCGGAGCAGAACACGGAGGCGAAGCUGAAGAACCUGCUGAAGCAGGAGAAGAUCCAGCUGUGGAAUCCUCCGUACACCGACGAGGAGGACGGCGAGCGUCCGGGAGCGCAGCACCUGCAGGAACUGGCGGAGCAUUACGCCCCCCUGCUGCAGCUGCCGGUGGCGGAGGUAGGGGGCGCUCUGGAGUCCAUCAGGGUCCAGACAGUGACGAGGGGCAAAGGUAUCAGGACGUACAGAGAAACCAACGUGGCCACGCUGGAGCUGCUGCUGCCCAGAGACAGCAGGAAGGUGACAAAGUCAAAGAAGAAUCUUCUGGAGACGAGGCUGGACGUGUCCGCCCAAGAGGUGGUGGACAGGGUCGGAGAAGAGUUCGGCCUCAAAUACAUCAAACUGAUUCUCAACGGGAAAACUCUGAGUCCAGACCAGCGUCUGGACGAACAAGGUGUGAAGAACCACAGUAAGGUGAUGGUGCUGAAGGUGAGCGACGCUGAGCUGAAGCAACAGAUGAACGAGGAGGAGCAGAGGAAGACAGAGCAGAGCCAAAGUGUCCAGAGGACGCAGAGGGGGUUCCAGAUCCUGUCAGAGAGAGACGGCAGCGACGACCCGGAUGUGUCUCCGUUCCUGGAGGUCGCCGACCAGAAGGGAAACCCUCUGAAGAUCCCUCACCAGGAGAAGAAGGCUCUGAUCCUGGCGAUGGGUUUCCAUGAGAAAGGUCGUUCUCUGAUGAAGAGGAAACAGUACGACAGUGCUCUGUGUCACCUGCUGCAGGCCGACCAGCAGUUCAGUGCGUGUGGCUCGGCGCUGCUAAGCUCGGUGGAUAACUUCGCUGUGCUGCAGCUGGACGUGGUCUGGUGUUACAGAGCGCUGGAGGCGCUGUCGUGUCUGGACGACGGCAGGAAGCGGCUGCAGCGAGCUGAGGACUGUUUCCUGCAGUGUUACGGAGAGCGACGGGAGAGACUGCGCAUGAUCAAGGGCAACACGGGCAGAGAGGACGUGUUGUUUCUGCGGCUUUACCUCCUCCAGAGUCUCCUCUCCUACAUCGAAGGAAACGACGUUCAGGCUCGACAGCAACUGUCCAAGGUGGAGUCUCUGUUCGGUCGCCUGUGUCUGGACUCUGAGAAGAUGGCUCAGCUCAUGACUCUGGGCUUCUCCGAGAGAGAAGCACGCCUCGGACUCCGAGCGUGUCAGGGCGACCUGCAGGAGGCCGCCAUCCACAUCAGCAACCGCAGACAGGAGCGAGAGGAGCUGAAGAAGAGCGAGAGGCAGAGGAGGAGGAGGAGGACGGAGGACGUCUCCGCCCUGGUGGAGCUAGGAUACUCCAGGACGGACGCUGCCCGAGCGCUGCACGCCGCCGACGGGGACGUGAACAGGGCGUGUGAGAUUCUCCAGGACGCCAGUCAGGCCGCUCAGGCGACCAAUAACAACAGAGAGGAGGCGCUGAGUCCGGAGAAGGUGGAGCAGCUGUUGUAUCUGGGCUUCGAGCGGGAGGCAGUGGAGGCGUCGCUCGCUCUGACGGGAGGAGACGUCCAAUCAGCCGCUCAGCUGCUGCUGGACAACCAGGGAGUGAUGUCACCGCACCCAAACUCCUCCUCCUCCACCUCGCCCUCAUCAGAGGAGCCCUCCACCUCCACAGAGGACGAGGAGCUGGUUAGCGAGGUUCUGGACGACCUGUCCCGUCACGAGGAGGAUUAUCUGGACCUGACGCUGGAGGAGGAGAGUGAGCUCAUCGACACCAUGAAGAUGUACCUGAGCCGAGGGGCCACACACACCAUGUGACGCACACAUGCACCCACACACACACAUGCACCCACACACGCACACAUGCACCCACACACACACAUGCACCCCCACACACACACACACAUACGCACACACAUGCACACACACAUGCACCCACACGCACGCGCGCGCACAGUCAGAUUGACACGUAUGUUCUAAAGCUUAGUGUUUGAAGACGCAACAUUUACUAUAAAACAUCAAACUCUCGUUUAUGAUCAUUUGAGUUCUAUGAUGAAACUUUGUUCAGAUUGAAGAAUUAAUUAUUGUUUGUUUUAAUAAACCAAAGCAGCGUCUUGUUUUUCUGUUGACGAAGCAGCAGCUUCUUUUUAUUUAGAUGAUUCAUGUUAAAUAUCUGUUAUAUAUAUUAUGUGUUGAUGUUUCACUGAUGGAAACAAUAAAGACGACGGAGGUUUUGUCGGA